UAACAGCUCAGAAAAAGGAACUGGGAAUCUGGAUGCCUGGGUUCUCUUUCCAGCUCUGGUAGCUAAACGGGUGCCCAUCUCUGUCUAAUGCCCUGAGCUGAUCACGUGCUGAGGGUUUCCAGCUCCCACUGAGAGCUAAAUGUCCACCACACCAAACAAAUUGUGUUCAGAAUCCUGAUGUAUAUGUGACUGCUCAGUUUGUUGUCUGUCAACAAUGACCUGCAUCUAACAAAAUCACCUGCGUAUUUCUUCCUCUUCCCUUUAUGGUCUCAUCUGUUUUGCAGGUACACACCUGGCCCCAAUGGUGAAGGGGAAUCAAACCAAUGUGAAAGAAUUUAUUCUGCUUGGGUUCCCUGGCUCUCAUUAUUUGCAGAUCUCACUCUUCAUGCUAUUCUUUUUCAUGUACCUCUUGACACUCACAGGAAACAUCACCAUUAUAUCCUUAGUGGGGACCCACCGUCGCCUCCACACACCUAUGUACUACUUCCUCUGCAAUCUCUCCUUCCUGGAGAUCUGGUUCACCACAGCUAACAUCCCCAAGACUCUUACCAAUCUCGUGUCCCAAAGCAAAACCAUCUCCUUCCUCAGCUGCCUCCUGCAGAUGUAUUUUCUCUUCUCCUUAGGCUGCACUGAAUUUCUACUCCUGGCCGUCAUGGCCUAUGAUCGCUAUUUGGCCAUAUGCCACCCAUUGCGCUAUAGCUCCAUCAUGAACAGCACCUUGUCCACUCAGCUGGCCAUUGGCUCAUGGGUAGGUGGCUUCCUGACUAUUUCUGUGCCAGCAUUUCUGAUCACUAGGUUGUCCUUCUGUGGUCCUAGGGUCAUCAACCAUUUCUUCUGUGACACAGAUUCUUGGAUAGAGCUCUCCUGCACAGACACGCACCUCUUUGAGAUGGUGUACAUUACUAUCUGCUUUAUUGUCAUCCUAGGCUCCUGUUCAGUCACCCUGGUCUCCUACAUUUACAUCAUCUCCACCAUCCUGAGAAUCCCAUCUGCUCAAGGCCAGAAAAAGGCCUUUUCCACUUGCUCUGCCCAUCUCACCGUUGUGGUUAUAUUGUACGGCUCUGCCAUCUUCCUGUAUGUCGAGCCUUCUAAACAGAACUCACUGGACAUAAACAAAAUUGUCUCUGUUUUCAAUACUAUUGUGACACCAUUGCUUAACCCUUUCAUUUACACUCUAAGGAAUAAAGAAAUCAAGGAAAUCUUGAGAGAGGCUUUCAGUAGGACAUGAUCUUAUUGUCCAAUGGUCUGGAUAUCAUUGAUUUAGGCAGCCAGAGA